AUGAAGUUCACUGGGCUGGCUAUGUCACUCGCCCUGGCCGGCAUGGUCUCUGCCGCCGCUCUUCCUGCUGUUCCUGGUGUUGAUGGUGCAGUUGGAGGGCUCAAGGGCGCCGCCGAGGGGGUCAUUGCAGGUGCUGGGAGUAUCAAGCGCCAGCUCACUACCGUCGAGCCUAUCACUGAGGGCGUGGGCAGCUCCUUGAAUGGGGGCACCGGUGUUGUUGGCAGUGCCGUUGGCACCUUCGAGAGCACUACCCAAGGCGCUGUCGGUACCGCCGAGCAUGAGGUUGCCGGGCUCGGUGGCGUCGCGAAACGCCAGAUCUCUGCUGCUGAGCCGAUUGCGAAUAGCGUCGGCAGCUCCCUCAACGGUGGUACUGGUGUAGUUGGCAGUGCUGUUGGUACCGCCGAGACUACUACUCAGGGUGCUGUUGGCACUGCUGAACACGAGGUUGCCGGGCUCGGUGGCAUCGCUAAGCGCCAGAUCUCUGCUGCUGAGCCGAUUGCGAAUAGCGUCGGCAGCUCUCUCAAUGGAGGCACUGGUAUCGUCGGAAGCGCUGUCGGCACCGUUGAAAGCACUACCCAGGGUGCCGUUGGGACCGCCGAACACACUGUUGCUGGCGCUGGCUCUGCUGUCAAGCGCCAGUUUGGCAACCUACCCGCUACCAUGUCCCAGACUGGGACUGAUAUUUUCGCUGGUCUAUCUGGAAACCCCAGUGGUAUUUACGGUGCCCUCAACAACCUGAAGACCAUUGUUGCCGCUGGCCAAAUCUCCCCUGAUGAGCUGUCCAACAUGCCCCAGGCGGUCCAGAAUGUCAUUGCCAACCUUGCCGUCGCAUAA